GUUCUCGGUGACGUCACACUGUUCAGGACUGCCACUUAUAAGCUAACAACAACAGAAGAUCCUGGAAAGCUAGCGACCUCAAAUAAGAGGGGGCGAACUGCUUCCAUCUCGCUGUUUCUGAUGUAGAUGGACUUUUGGACAGAGCGCUGACGAGUGGAAGCGACAGAUUCCUCCGCAUCCUCCUCUUGAGACCAACACCUUCUGUCACGCUGGCAAUGUCAAGAGUCCCGAGUCCCCCUCCCCCGGCAGAAAUGUCCAGCGGGCCUGUGGCUGAGAGCUGGUGCUACACGCAGAUCAAAGUAGUGAAGUUCUCGUACAUGUGGACCAUCAACAACUUCAGCUUCUGUCGUGAGGAGAUGGGCGAGGUCAUCAAGAGCUCCACCUUCUCUUCAGGGGCCAAUGACAAGCUAAAGUGGUGUUUGCGCGUCAAUCCUAAAGGCCUGGACGAGGAGAGCAAAGACUACCUGUCUCUCUACCUGCUGCUGGUCAGCUGUCCAAAGGCCGAGGUCCGAGCCAAGUUCAAGUUCUCCAUCCUCAACGCCAAGGGAGAGGAGACCAAAGCCAUGGAAAGCCAGAGGGCGUAUCGCUUUGUGCAGGGUAAAGACUGGGGCUUUAAAAAGUUCAUUCGAAGAGACUUCCUCCUAGAUGAGGCCAAUGGUCUUCUACCUGACGACAAGCUCACACUCUUCUGUGAGGUGAGUGUGGUGCAGGACUCGGUCAACAUAUCUGGCCAGAACACCAUGAACAUGGUGAAGGUUCCCGACUGCAGACUAGCGGACGAGCUUGGAGGCUUAUGGGAGAACUCUCGCUUCACCGACUGUUCCCUGUGUGUGGCCGGCCAGGAGUUCCAGGCCCACAAAGCCAUCUUGGCAGCGCGCUCUCCUGUAUUCAGCGCCAUGUUUGAACAUGAGAUGGAGGAGAGCAAAAAGAAUCGUGUGGAAAUCAACGACGUGGAGCCUGAGGUCUUCAAAGAGAUGAUGUGCUUCAUUUACACUGACAAGGCUCCCAACCUGGACAAGAUGGCAGAUGAUCUGCUGGCUGCAGCUGACAAAUAUGCUCUAGAGAGACUGAAGGUCAUGUGCGAAGAUGCACUGUGCACCAGCCUGUCGGUGGAGAACGCAGCCGAGAUCCUCAUCCUGGCAGACCUGCACAGCGCCGACCAGCUCAAAACGCAGGCGGUCGACUUCAUCAACUACCACGCCGCAGAGGUGAUGGAGACUGCAGGCUGGAAAUCCAUGGUCGCAUCUCACCCUCAUUUGGUGGCAGAAGCAUACCGCUCAUUGGCGUCAGCCCAGUGCCCUUUCCUCGGACCUCCGCGCAAGCGCCUCAAACAAUCCUAAUGGGUCUCACUUCUUAAAAACACGCAUCACCACACAAUUGUACCCUACUGAUCCCUCCUUAGGGUCCAUAAUAUGGAGGACAUUUCCCCUUUGCUGUUACCUACUACACUACCUACAGCCCUCUUCUGCCCUGUGAUCCAGAACCUGCUGUAUUAAGAUAGAGGGAAGAGCUUGGACAAGGAGGAGGGGGAGGAGAUGGAAGAGGGGCUGGCUUGUGAAGUGGACAUUUGUCGUUUACAGAAUAUAAAAAGAAAACAAUCCUGCACUUUUCCAACAGUGAGGUGGGACCUUGUGCUCUUUUUUCCCUCCCAAUUUGUGAAGAAUCCUGCAACAACUUCAGGAGGAAAACACACAAAAAAAGGAAAUAUGGAGGCUGAAAAGGACACACAAGGUCUUUAACAAUUGGACAUUCAAGGAAGGACACGUGAGCGAUUACUGAGGACUGUCUUGUUAGUUAGACCACCAAAGGGCUAGUCAAAUGGAGAAAAAUCAUCAAACUUACUUUCCAAAGCAAUUUGGGAAACAUUGCACUACAUACAUAAGCAACCCCCACCCCGACCCCCCAGGUUGACUAACUGCAGACCCGUUUGGACCAGGCAGGACAUGUACACCCUUUAAAGAUGCUUUAUAGGCGUACACAACACAAACACGAGUGUUGAACACUGCCUUCAUUGUAUCUGUUUAAACUUUUUAAUAGAAAGCAGUCCUAACUAGACAAUAGCAACACAACUGGAUGUUGUGUGCUUGUGGGCCUUGAGAGCAAAUCCAAGGCGACUGUGGUAAAGACAUAAUAUUCAGUCAUGUGAGUUAUAGUGGCAUCUUUUCCCCAAAUAUUUCUUUUCCAAAUUAUUCCAACAUGAGUUUUUCUUGCAGGCAUGAUGGCUGCAAGGACUUUCAAAUUAAAUGAACACGUUUUAAUGUUCAAAUGAGACAGAAUGUGAAAGAAAAAAAAACAUGCACAAUGCUCCAAAAAAAAAAUCCACACACAAAUUAAAUUGAUCUUAAGGUCCUCUUUGUUCUUGCCAGUGGAGGAAUAUUGGUCAUUUUGCUUAGAAGGAGCCUUUGUCAUUUCUUUCCUGUAGAUAUUCUUGGUUUCUGAGAAGUGACAGUUGUUGCCAUUUUUUUUGUUCCCAAAAGAAUAAACCACAACUAUUUUGUAUCGAAUGCAAGGCAAACGUCUUUUUGGCCUCUUAUUUUUACAAAAAUUGGCAGUCUUGCCUCUAACCUGCUCAAACAACCUAAUUUGCCUGUGUGUGACUUCUAAAAAAAAAAAAAAAAAAUUCCCCACAUUUUGCACGUGAAGAAUCAAGUAAAAAUGUACAUUUAUUAUAUUUGUUAAAUUUAAGAUUUAAUAUUAACAUUAACAUUUUCUUUUGUUUUAUGGCAUGUUGUUUGUCUUUAAAAUUACACGGUACAAAAUGUCACGACUACAAAUGACAGAUUAUCCAUAUGCAGUUAUAAAACUGUUAUACGGUGGUAUAAAUGGUACACAAUUUAACAAGUUAUUAGCUGUUUCUUUUAUUUUGGUUAACUUAUUGAGCUAAAUGGGCCGCACGGUGGCCUAGUAGUUUGUUGGCCACACAGUCUGGCUGAUCUGGGUUCGACUUUCCGUUGGACAUCUCUGUGUGGAGUCUCCCUGUGCUCUAGUGGGUUUUCUCUGGAUACCGCUCACAUCCCCAAAAGAUAUGCACGUUAGGUUACUCUAAAUUGUCCAUAGGCAUGAAUGAGAGUGUGAAUGCUUGUAUUUGUAUUUGUACUUUAUUUAUCCCACAGCGGGGAAAUUCACUUGUUACAGCAGCAAGCAAGAUACGCAAGUAAAGAAUGCAUAGUGACAUAGUGAAUACAAAAUGGUGCAGGUGUUGUAGAGCCUGACAGCGGUCGGUAUGAAGGACCUGC